AAGCAGCCGACGAUCUUCCAGAACAAGAAGCGAGUGCUGCUGGGCGAGGGCGGCAAGGAGAAGCUCCCGCGCUACUACCGCAACGUGGGGCUGGGCUUCAAGACUCCCAAGGAGGCCAUCGAGGGUACCUACAUCGACAAGAAAUGUCCCUUCACCGGGAACGUGUCCAUCCGUGGUCGCAUCCUCUCAGGUGUGGUCACCAAGAUGAAGAUGCAGCGCACGAUUGUCAUCCGGCGUGACUAUCUGCACUACAUCCGCAAGUACAACCGCUUUGAGAAGCGCCACAAGAACAUGUCCGUGCACCUGUCUCCGUGCUUCAGAGAUGUGCAGAUCGGGGACAUCGUAACAGUGGGCGAGUGUCGGCCCCUGAGCAAGACUGUGCGCUUCAACGUGCUCAAGGUCACCAAGGCUGCAGGCACCAAGAAGCAGUUCCAGAAGUUCUGAGGCCUCUGCAGGAGCAAUAAAGUGUGGGAAGGUGGAG